CUAAUUUUUUCUUCGUCCGCAUUGACCUCUGUCCCUUUAAAUCGUUUAAUUCAUUUGCCGACGUAUAUUUCUCGCAGCUAUAACGGCAUUGAUGCGCACCUUGCCGUCUCGGAACAUCACAGCAGCACUGGUUUUGUGAAAGACGGACAAAAAUGGCAAUAUUAACGCCUCUUUUCGCGUUUCUGUAUCAUUUGCCACAAGUGUACAAAUGGCUACUAAGACCCUACUAUGUAGCUUCGUUAUUUAUGUGUCUCGCGUUUUUGGCGAUCCGCAAAACGCCUGGGAUUUGUGAACAUCUUUCGACGCAGCGGGAGGAUGGCAAUUCGUGCGAUUUCGACUGGAGGGAGGUCGAGAUAUUGAUGUUUCUUAGUGCUAUAGUCAUGAUGAAGAACAGAAGAGCAAUCACAGUUGAGCAGCAUGUGGGCAACAUUAUCCUCUUCAGUAAAGUGGCCAAUGUGAUUCUGUUCUUCAGACUGGACAUACGUUUGGGGCUUCUCUACUUGACCCUGUGCAUUGUUUUCCUGAUGACCUGCAAACCUCCACUGUACAUGGGCCCAGAAUACAUCAAGUACUUCAGUGAUAAAACCAUUGAUGAGGAGUUGGAGAAGGACCACAGGGUGACCUGGCUUGUGGAGUUUUUUGCUAACUGGUCACCAGAAUGUCAGUCUUUCGCCUCUGUCUUUGCCGAUCUCUCCUUGAAGUACAACUGUGCAGGGCUUAAAUUCGGGAAAGUGGAUAUUGGGCGCUACAGUGAAGUGUCUAAGAAGUAUAGGGUCAGCACCUCUCCUCUCUCAAAGCAGUUGCCUUCUCUUGUGGUCUUCCAGGGGGGAAAAGAAAUUAUGAGGCGCCCUCAGGUGGACAAGAAGGGAAGGGCAGUGUCAUGGACCUUUACGGAGGAAAAUAUCAUCCGAGAGUUUAACCUCAAUGAGCUGUACCAGAAGUCCAAGAAGCUCAACAAGACCAAAGGAGAGAAGAGCGAGCUGCCCAUUGAACCUGUGUUUUCCCCUGUGCCUGAAGAGGAGGAACCUGAGGCUGAAACCAUCAGCGCGAUGGACACAGAAAGCAAGAAGGACAAAUAGACUGUGCAUGUGCUACUGAAGAGCGCUGUGAUGUUAGAAUGGGACUGGAUGAUAUUUUGCUAAUGUUCAGUGUGCAAAGUUUUCACCUAGUUGAACAAACAGAAUGACCGUUUUCUUUUACUGUAUAACAUAGUUUAAUUUAAUAGCAAAAUCAGUCUACUAGCAAAUAAAUAAUAAUAAUAAUACACAUUUUGUAUGCUCUGUGCUCGGACAUCCCAACAGUCAUCAUUCAGAAUCUGAACAGGGCAUUGAUGAUUCUGUCACUGUCAGAUGUGUUAAUAUUUAAGUUAAACAUAAUUUAAUAUUGGACAUCUACCUCUAAUAUAUUUUAAUAAUUGAUUUUUUAGUAAGGGGUUAUUGUGUGCUGCAAAGGCAUCACUAUUGGGAUCUAAAUCUUUUCGGUUCUUUUAUUACUGCACUAUUAAUAUCAUUCCUUUUUUUAAUCAAAAGUCACUCCUUUUCUGUUAAAUCUACUAAUUUAUUUAAUACCCCUGUUGGCUUGUACUGGCUAGCUACUGGUUUCUGUGAUAUUUAAAGGGACAGUCUUUCAGUUUAUGCUAACAAUUGUUUUCUUUUCGUGAAAAUCUUUCACAUUAUGUCUUAAAAGUAUUCAAAUCAUUGCUAACUCGACUUGAGUUUUUCAGACGGAAUACUGCUAUACAAGUCUUAUUACUUGUUUUUGUGUAUUUUUUAUUAUUUUUAUUUGGCACUGAAAUAUACGUGCCUUUAACAUUUCAUUUUUAUUUUACACUGACAGGCACAGACGAAAGCUGCAGGCAGUCUUUAUGUUAUUCUACAACUUUUACUGUCGAUGUUGGACGCUGUAAUUGUCAUUAUCUUAAUGCAGAACCUUCUUAUAAUCCACAGAUUAUAAAAGCAACAUUGUUCUUGUGCCCGUUAUGGUUUUCACUAAUCUUUGUCAAUGAAUCGAUUGUCUAGAAUAUGAAGUGUUUUGAGUGGUUGUCGAUGGAUGUUUUUCAAAUAAACCACUCUGUUGUUCA